CGCCUACUGUGGUUGUGAAUGGAGUGGAAAAAGUGUUGAUCUCGCGGAAGUUUGGAAGUUUCUGGUGUCGAACCGUGUCCAGCCCGUGCGUGACAGUGAAAACCGGUGAAAAGUGCUCGCCGGAAGGCGGUGACGUUGAAGUGAAAUCGGGAAUUCGUUGUGCAAAAAGUUAUUUUUCUUGGUGCGAGAAAAAAAAAUAUUUUGCUUGAAGGUUAGGUGUGACAAUCUGAAAAAAAUCGGCUUGGGACCGUGCAAAACAUGUGAAAAAGUGGCGUAAAACGCGUGGUUCGCGAUUCCAGCUUUGUUUUGCGAUCUAUCUACGAAGGACAACUCGGUGAACGUUUUUGAGUGCAUUGAAGAAAGAACUAGAAACUAAGGAAAAAAGCAGCAUAAGAUAAUAGACAAUUUCGUGUGUGAAACCCGUGUGUGCGUGUCAGAUUGAAACCGAGAUGAAAAUGAGUCCCCGACGAUGAAGCGCGGACGUACGGAAGAGAUUCAGUUUGGGCAGCCCCCGCCGCGGGUUGGUGGGACUGCCCCACAUCAGCGUAUGAUUACGACCACCAUCCAGCCGCAUAAUGCUGGACCGACGAUCCAGUACCAGAUCGCGUCGUCGGCCGCGUCUCCGGUCAGCGUGGUUGGUGGCGGCAAGACGACCACGACCACGCCCGCCGAUGUGGCGGCCAACCUAAGCCAACAGCAGGUCGUGCAAUCGUCCCAGCAGGUUCCGCAGCAAUCGCUAGCGCCGUCGCAACCGAGCAGUGUCCAGUACACGACGACCUCUUACACCACCGGAAUCGCAGGCACGAACCUGGUCAAGACAACUGGCCAUGCGCAACCGUCGGCACCGCAGCCGGCCCAGCAGAUUCACGUCGUCAACACGACGAGCGGGCAGGUACGGGGUGGCAAGGUAACACCCAGCACGGGAGUACCCCAGGGAACUGUCGGGGCGGGCGGAGGAGGAGGCGCGAGUGUAGUCGGUGGAGGUGGCCAAGUGAUAACCACCCUGGCGACGAAUGUUAUUUCGAAUGCGCAGCCGCAACCGCCGCCGCCACCACCCCAAGGGCAGGCCCAGUUCCAGCGGCUCAAGGUCGAAGAUGCGCUCAGCUAUCUGGACCAGGUAAAGUUCCGGUUCGGCAACCAGCCCCAAGUGUACAACGAUUUCCUCGACAUUAUGAAAGAGUUCAAAUCUCAAAGCAUCGACACGCCCGGCGUCAUCCAGCGGGUGUCGAACCUCUUCAAGGGCCAUCCGGAGCUGAUCGUGGGCUUCAACACCUUUCUCCCGCCGGGGUACAAGAUUGAGGUGCAAGCCAACGACCAGGGCUACGCCUUCCAGGUGUCCGUCUCAGUGCCAUCGACCUCGGCCGGAACGGCGGUGGCACCGCAGCCGUCACCCCACAAGUACAGCACCAUCUUCCAAGGUGGUGGCCAGAUAGUUCAAACCGGAAAUUCGGCCGUCAAUUUAAUGACCUACGGUCACUCGACCGGUUCGGUGCACACAACCACGAUACAACCGGUCGGCCCGAGCGGUCCCGGCUCCAACGCCAACGCAACGAGUAUUUCAACAAUUCCUCAAUCGCCGCAAAACUUUAGCCGCGAUCGCGAACGCACCAUCUCCGGCGGCAGCGGAGGACCAACUCUACCGGCGAACUCCGUCGGCGGGGGCACCACCACCGUCAACGCCGUCGCACCCGACUCGAGUGUCAUUGCAAGUCAACAGCAGCAAAAUCUCCAUCGAAUGAUCUCCCAGCAAGUGAUUCCUCAUCCUCCACCCCAGCAGCAGCAGCAGCAGCAGCAACCCCAACAAGCUCCUCCCCAGCAACAGCAGCAAGCCCCGGCGGAACCACAGGGCGGCGGUGCGACCCCGAAUCAACCAGUUGAAUUUAACCAUGCCAUCACCUAUGUAAACAAGAUUAAAAAUCGCUUCCACUCGCAACCGGAAAAGUACAAGCGUUUCCUCGAGAUUCUGCACACCUACCAGAAAGAGCAGAAGAUCUACAAGGAAGGUCCGCAGGGCGGUUGUAACGCCGGAGCGAAGCAGCUGACCGAGGCCGAGGUGUACACCCAGGUCGCGAAGCUGUUCGACAACCAGGAGGACCUGCUCCGUGAGUUUGGCCAGUUCCUGCCGGACGCCACCAGCCAUGCACCGUCCUCGCUACACGCCGGCGGUGCCAACAAGAACCACACUUUGCAUGAGCAGUCGUCGCAACCGCCGGUGCCACCGCAACCGCACAGCAAAAAGAUGUCCGGAAGUGUGAUGAACGCGAGUGGCGUGAAAGCCUUCAACAGUUCGCACGCGGCGAACCUGUCCCGGCUGCAGGAACGCGACUACGGCCAGAGUGAAAAGGACUUUGCGUCCGGUGGUCCAGGGGCUGGGAGUGGUCGGGGAAGUAACGCCGGAAUCGAGAAGGAGCCCCGAAAUCACGUGAGCAAUCAAAAGUACGCGCACAACGCCGCAGCCAUGCAGGGAAGUGGCCUCGGCGGAGGAAACGCCACGAAACGUUCGCCAUCGUACCAGUCCGUAGCGCCGAUGGGUGGCCACGGCAUGCCGCCCCGGGAACGGGAAGGUCCACCCACGAAACGGUACAAACCCACCUGUCGGGACAUUACGAUCGCCGAAGCGUCCAAGUUUGGCACGUUGAACGAUUACGCGUUCUUCGACAAGGUGCGGAAAGCGCUGCGAAGCCCGGACGUGUACGAAAACUUUUUGCGCUGCCUAACGCUGUUCAACCAGGAGAUUGUGUCCAAGUCGGAGCUGCAAACGCUCGUUACGCCAUUCCUGAGCCGGUUCCCCGAUCUGCUCAAGUGGUUCCAGGACUUCCUCGGACCGCCGACGGCGACGACCGAGUGCGUCCCGUUGGCUUCGGCGCAACGGCAGGACCGGUCCCAGAGCGAGAUUGCCACCGAUAUCGAUUUGUCCACGUGCAAGCGGCUCGGCGCCAGCUACUGCGCCCUGCCCAAGUCGCACGAAAACGUGAAAUGCUCCGGCCGGACGAGCCUCUGCAAGGACGUACUGAACGACACCUGGGUCUCGUUCCCGACGUGGGCCGAAGAUUCCACCUUUGUCACGUCGCGAAAAACGCAGUACGAAGAGUUCAUCUACCGGUGCGAGGACGAACGGUUCGAGCUAGACGUGGUGAUAGAAACCAACAGCGCAACGAUACGAGUGCUGGAGGGAGUGCAGAAGAAGCUCAGCCGGAUGUCGCCGGACGAGGUGAGCCGGUUCCGGCUGGACGAGUGUCUCGGCGGAACGUCGCCGACGAUCCACCAACGUGCGCUGCGGCGGAUAUACGGCGACAAGGCGGCGGACAUUAUCCAGGGAUUGAAGAAGAACCCGGUGGUGGCGGUGCCCGUCGUGCUGCGGAGACUCAAGACCAAGGAGGAGGAGUGGCGCGAAGCGCAAAAGGGCUUCAACAAGCAGUGGCGCGAACAGAACGAAAAGUACUAUCUCAAGUCGCUGGACCACCAGGGCAUCAACUUCAAGCAGAACGACAUCAAAUCGCUUCGGUCGAAAAGUUUGUUCAACGAGAUUGAAACACUUCUUGACGAGGUGAGUUACAUGAAGCGCCACGAGCAGCACGAGGACGGCGUCACAAACCCGUUGAUAAGCGGUCCGCAUCUGGUGCUGCCGUACAAGGACAAGACGAUACUGGACGACGCGGCGAACCUGUUGAUUCACCACGUGAAGCGCCAGACGGGCAUCCAGAAGCAGGAGAAGGCCCGCAUCAAGCACAUCCUGCGGCAGUUUGUGCCGGAUCUGUUCUUUGCGCCGCGGCAGCAGCUCAGCGACGACGAGCGGGAAGAAGCGGAAGAUAAGGACAUGGACGUGGACGGGGACAACGAGGAAGAGAAUAGAUCUUCGAAGAACGGAAACAAGAACAACGGGAGCAACGGUUCGUCGACGAGCAGCAGCGGUGCGGCGAGUAGUAGUGCCGGCCAGGAUGGGAAGGAGGCCGCGGCGGCGACUUCCUCAAGUACCGCGAUAAAGGAAGAAACGGAGGGUGCGGCCAAGGCGACGACGACGACGACAAGUACAACGGAGGGAACUCCGGCGGCGGACGCCGCGAAGCGAUCUUCGACAGAGGAAAGUGGCAAAGACAGUGCUUCCGAGGCAGCCGCCAUCAAGACGGAGAUCAAGCAGGAGAACGAUCCGGAUCAACCGGCGAGUAGUACGUCCGCGACGACACCGGCGGCAGGUUCUUCGCAACCAGCGAAUCCCGCACUUCCAGCGCAUGCAAUUAGUAAACAUUUGGAGGAAGCGUACACGCUGUUCUUCACGAACAACAACUGGUAUCUGUUCCUGCGGCUGCACGCGAUCCUGUGCGAGCGGUUACGGACGAUCUACGAGCGGGCGCAGAUCAUCGCGACGGAGGAGAAGGCCUACCAGAGCACGCGCACCAACAGCACGGCGACGGCCCUGCGACUGAAGCCCAUGAGCGAAAUCAAGGUGGAGGAGUUUUACGCCACCUUCCUGGACAUGCUGAAGAACGUGCUGGACGGGAACAUGGAGGCCGGCAACUACGAGGACUCGCUCCGGGAGAUGUUUGGCAUCCACGCGUACAUUGCGUUCACGCUGGACAGGGUUGUUCAAAACGCCGUCCGGCAGCUGCAGCACUGCGUUACGGAGCGGGGUGCGCUCGAGUGUGUCGAGCUGUUCCAGCUGGAGCAGCGCAAGGGCGGUGCCGGUGGUCUGUGUCGGACCGCGAACCGGCGCGUCAACAACGAGCUCGCGUACCAGCGGAAGGCCGAGGCGGCCCUCCAGGACGAGAACUGCUUCAAGGUGUACAUUUACAAAAUCGACUGCCGGGUGACGAUCGAGCUGCUCGAGACGGACACCGAGGACACGGCGCAGAACUUUGCCAGCGCGCAACAGUUUAGCAACUACGUGGACCGGCUAUCGAACCCGGCGGCCACCGGCACGGGCAGUGAAAGUGGGGCCAGCACGGCAGGCGGCGGCGGAGGAACCGUCCCAGGUUCCACCACCACCACAGCCGGCCCGAACGCCGCCAACAGCGCCACCAGCGUGGAAAUAAAAACCGAGAAACCGGACGAAGAAACGCCCACCACCGGUGGACCACGGAAAGCCCUGUUCCUUCAGCGCAACAUGCGCCGAUGUAAAACGGGCUGUCCAUCGCCGUCGCCCCCACCGGAAAAGACAACCUCCGUGGCAGCUACGACGACAACGACGACCGCAACCACCACGGCCAAGUCGGCGGUCAAGAAGGAAUCCGCGGCGGUGACCCCGGCGGAAAAGAGCAAAACGCCACUGGCCAAGGUCGCCGACGUAAGUCCGCCCGUCGUCAACAACAACAACAUCAGCGGCAGCAAAAAGGACGUCGACGGCGGCGUUACGACGGCACCACCCCAUCCUCCCCCCGUGGUGUGGAACAGCACGGGCAAGGUCAAAACGCCGCCGGAGCGGCUACCGAGCAGCAACGGGGACCAGAACUACUUUGUCGACGACCGGGAGCAGUUCCGGUUGAACGUCAACAACUACAAGAUUUGCUACGUCCUGAACAAGGACCACAUCUUCUACAAGCGCAAGUCGCUGCUGCGGGCCAAGGAGACCCACCCCAAGGUGACGCAGGAGAUGCACGCCCGGUUCGAGGGGGUCGUCCAGCGGUGGCUCGAUCGGCACGUGACGGACGCGCAGCGCGCCGACUGCAAAGACUGGCUGAUGGGCGUCAACUCGGAUCUGCCCAAGGGGCUGGCCACGGUCGUGAAGCGGAACAAUGACGUGGCGCGGACGCCGUACAUGACGUACAGCCGGUACCGGGUGGAGAAGGUCGCGCCGGAUCAUCACCUGAGCUAGGGUUGAUUGGGCGUGGAGGGACACUCUGCGGGAGAGAGAGAAAGUAUUAAGCGUAGAAAGAGUGAGGAAUGCUUUGUUAAGAAAGCAGCGCCUGUAAUUAAUAAUGGUUGAAAACAUUUUUUUUUUCAUUUUUGUGUUUUAAAAACCGUUUUACGUCAAAUCCUUUUUAUAAAAUUGAUUAUUCGAUAAGCAGAGUUUUUAAUUGCUUGGAUAGUAGAAAAAAGAGAGUAAGUUGUAAGCAGACAAACAUGUGUACAAUGGAGUAAUUUAUAAAACACACAAUUCAAACCGUUGAAUAAAAAAUACUACAACUGUGUUGGGUGAAACCUGCAGCGAGUUGUUGUUAAAUUCGCUCGUUGAAUCGAUUUAUUUAAAACUAACGAUUGCACGUUAAAUAAGUGCAUCCAGGAUUAAGCAAAACAAACACACACAAAUUCACACCUAGAAUGCGUAGUUUAUUUAAUUAAGGCACACACACAAACCAGCGUCCGCAAGUUAAAUGAUCCGUAAGGUUGUGUAGACAUAAGCAGCAUCCCCCCCACUCGAAACGGAAGAACGACAGCAAGUCGUAAAUCUCAUUUUUUCUGUUUACAUCAAAAACCGUUAAUUAUUCCUUGGCAGAGCUCUAGCGUUAAAAGAAAGAUUUAAAAUUUAGGAGGUAAGUAAAAAAACGCAAGCGACAGAAAAUAUCGAUAAAACAGCAGCAGCAGCAAACAAAAAUCGUUCAAAUGCAGUUAGUGAGACACAGACACACAAAAAAGUUGAACUAUUUUCCACUGUGAAUACAAGCAUUACAGAAAAUAAGUAUAUUUAAAAACAUAAAAGAGAAAGCAGAGAGAAUCCGCAAAAUGUCAAUAAAAUGUAAAGUUAUUUGAAAAAAAAAAA